AUGGCGUCCGUAUACAACGUGACUGUCGGCUUCAAUACCUCCUCCGGACAGCCAGAUAUAAGUUCAGAGUGGGAUGAGUUCAUUGUUCAGAAGCUGAUGAAACAUGACCAGUGGGUUUCGGAGUUCGACACCUGGAAUCAUCCGAAUAAAGGCUGGGGUGCCUUUACGACGUCGAAGCCGAUCACCUUCACCAGCGAAAUGGCUGAGAACCUAUCUAAAAUAAUGACGGCAAAUGGAUUUGAGGUGAGGAAGACCAAUGGCGGAAAAGAAAUCAUGUUUGUAACAGGGUACAACGCACGACCCCCGCGCGAGGCGAGAGACGCUAAGGGCAAGAAAGUUGGCAUGCUGGGCAACGCAAACGACGAGGUCCCUUUCCAGGACCACAACCAGCGUGACUACGACCCUGAAAGGGAUUACAACAAGAACGACCCUACUACCCUCGACAAGUUGCUGGCUUAUUUGAGCAAAGACCGAGUUUUCAGGUAA